AUGGAGCUGUCCGUGGACCCAGACGACCGGAAGGGCUUCAGCUGGAGCCGGACCGCAUUUGCCAAUGCCGCUCGCAGGGUCAGCAGCAGCCAGUCGGCCCCGCAGGCUCGAGCCGAGCCGGCAUCGAGUCCAGCCGAGGCCUCAAGGGGCCGCGAAGCCACGCUGCAAGUGCACCCGCAGCUGGGCGCCGGACUCGAGGUUAGCUUCGUGGCCGGCCGUGGCUACGUCCUUGAGUCCAUCAAUGAUCAGCCGGGGCAGAAAGGCCUAGAAGUCGGUGACCUCCUUGUGGAGGUCGGCGGGCGCUCCCUGGCGCUGGCCUCCGAGGAUGAAGCCGACGAGGUGCUUUCUGGGGAGCUUCGAGAUGGUGUUCGUUUGCGUUUGCUUCCCGCAUCAACAAGCCGUUCUACACCACAGGAAGCCAACAACAACCAGAGCCACGGCGAUCUGCCGCAGAAAGAUGCGACGAAAGAGGUCAGUGAAGAGGUGAAGCCCGGUUCGCACGAUGCCUUGGCCGGCUUUCUGAGCAGUCUAUUCGGAGGUGCCCAAUCUUCUGGUGCAGCCUUGGCUGGCAGUUCGGCGCUGAACGACCCAGCCCCCCAGCCGGAUGUGGACGACGAGGAGGCUGCCGACGAGCUUGCAGAACCGACUCAGAAGCACCGGCAGACGUCGAAUUCUGAAGCGGGUGAGGAGAUCCUUGGCGUCCCUCCGCUGCCAGAAUCUGGUCCCGAGCCUGCCGAAGAAAGCUGGCACGAGGCGCCCAGCCCAGAGCCUGAAGUGGCUCACUGGGAGGCUGCACAGGAGACCCGGAAGCCCGAAGCAGAGGAGGAUGCCGAGGAGUUGAUGGCUUUCCAGCCCUUGCAUGCCGCGAGCACUACAGAGCGGCAGGCAGACGAUGACCCGGCAGAGUCCCUGCCUCCCCUCCCGUCCCUCGCCUGGUCGGGCCGCGGGCACCUGGCGCCGGCAGAGGCAGACGCGGCGGAGACUCAGAGUGAGGCGUCAGCCUCACGAAGUGAGAUGUUGGUUGCCGCAGCUCCACAGAGCCAGGGCGUCGUUUCGGCGCCGAGGUCGAAGCGAGCACCGGAUCCCGGCGCUGCACGCUGCAAGGUUGCAGACCUUCGUGAUUGGCUCGAGGAGCUGCGCCUCGAUGAGUAUCUGGACGCCGCCACGACAUGGUGUGCCGAGAUGGGUGCUGUGUCUUUGGAGGAGAUCGCGGAGAACAUUGAGGAGUUCGGGAUUGAUGUAUCCCUCAAGCCCAUCGAGCGGCAGCGCGUGCAGAAGUGGGCCUCUCAGCGGCUCCAGGGCCGCGGCUCCGCGCGCCCGCUGGCCGACGUGCGAGGAGGUUCUCAGGGCGGCCCGGGCCGCUGGGAGGAGCCCCCUCUGGCCCUGGCCCGCCGUGAAAUGCCACAGCUGCCUCAGUGGCCCGAGGCUCAGGGCCGGCAAGCGCGAGGCUUUCUGCCUACUCCUGACUCAUCUUCGGCACUGGCAGUCCCCGAGAGGGAUGCGCCAGAUGAGACGCCGAUUUACACUGCCCGAAGCGUGCGUUUGGCCGUGGACUCCAUGGGCAACACUGGCCUCGACCUUCGUUUCGAUGACGACUGGGGCAUCCUAGUGCAGUCUGUGGAUCCACUUCCCGGCCAGCCCGGCCUCGCAGAGGGCGAUUUCAUCGUCGCCAUCGAAGGAUGCUCGCUUCGACACCGUUCGCACGAAGAGUGCGACGCAGUUUUCUCUGAGCGGCUCCAGAACGGAGCCAUUCUGAGCGUGGUCCGACCCCAGUCUCGUGUGCCUGCCGGAUACAGUGGCAUGAGGGGCAAAGCACAGAAUGAGAGCGCCAUGCCCAACGGCUGGCGUUUGCCUCGCCAACCCGAUUUUCGCAACACGGGCUGGGGCGGCGGAUGGAGUCGUGGUCGGCGUGGGGGACACGACCCGAAUCGCAUGUGGAACCGCUUCAACCGCGGACCGCCCUGGUGA